AUGUCCAAGCCCCAGCUCACGGAGGAGAACCUCAACCAUGUCGCGCAGCCGCGUCGCAUGUCGCUGUCGUCAACGCCGCCCGGCUCGCGCACACCGAGUCUGCACCAGCCCGCCAUGUCGCGGCGCAGCUCGAUUUCGGCUGCCGGUCCGACCUACUCGAUCGACACGACCCAGAUUGGCGUGCCCACCCAGCGCCGCCCCAAGCAGCACCAUCGCUCGCUGACUGGCUCGUACUUUCCCGGCGCCGAAAUGGGUGGUCAGGUGCACGACGAGUCGCCCAUUGGCGACCCCUCGGUUUGGGCUGAGGCGCUCAAGGCCAACGACGUCGACACAACCGACACGCAGCAGGUCGCCAACACGGUUGUCCGCCACGUCACCACUACCCUUGCGCGUCAGGCUGCCAACCUGGACGAGCUUGCCGCGUAUCAGGCUACGGCACUGUCGGUCCGCGACCGCCUGCUCAAGCGCUGGAACGAGACUACGACUUACCACACUAGAAGCGCGCCCAAGCGCAUCUACUACUUCUCGAUCGAGUGGCUCAUGGGCCGCUCGCUCGACAACGCGGUGCUCAACCUCGAUAUGCGCAACACGUACGAGUCGGCUACCCAGAAGCUCGGCUUCAACUUUGAGGACCUCCUGAACGAGGAGCGUGACGCCGGCCUUGGCAACGGUGGUCUUGGUCGUCUCGCGGCUUGCUACAUCGACUCAAUGGCGACCCUCAACCUCCCCGGUUGGGGAUACGGCUUGCGCUACUCGUACGGCAUCUUUAAGCAGCUCAUCUCGAACACGGGCGAGCAGCUCGAGGCGCCCGACCCGUGGCUCGACCGCGAGAACCCCUGGGAGAUCCCCCGCAUCGACGUCGCCUACCCCAUUCGCUUCUAUGGCCGCGUCGAGGCCGUACCCAACACGGAUAGAGCCGUCUGGUCUGGUGGCAUGGAGUGCCUUGCCGUCGCGUACGACGUUCCCGUCCCCGGCUUUGGCACCAAGAACACGGCCAACCUCCGUCUCUGGGGCUCGCGCCCGAUCCAGGGCUUUGACCUCAACUCGUUCAACGCAGGCAACUACGAGGCGUCCGUCCAGACCUCGUCGCAGGCCGAGAACAUUACCCGUGUCCUCUACCCCAACGACAACAUGUACUCGGGCAAGGAGCUGCGUCUCAAGCAGCAGUACCUCUGGUGCUCGGCUUCGCUCCAGGACAUUCUCCGCCGCUACCAGAAGCUCGACCUGCCGUGGGAGCAGCUCCCAGACCACGUCGUCAUCCAGAUGAACGACACGCACCCGUCCAUUUCGAUCGUCGAGCUCAUGCGCAUCCUCAUCGACGAGGAGGAGGUGCCGUACGACAUCGCGUGGAAGAUCACGACCAAGGUCUUUGCCUACACCAACCACACCGUGCUCCCCGAGGCACUCGAGAAGUGGCCGCUCAGUCUCUUCGAGAACAUGCUUCCGCGCCACCUCCAGAUCAUCUACCGCAUCAACCACGACUUCCUCAACGAGGUCGCCAAGCGUUUCCCCGGCGACAUGGACCGCAUCAAGCGCAUGUCCAUCAUCGAGGAGGGCCCCAGCAAGUACGUCCGCAUGGCCAACCUCGCCAUUGUCGGCUCGUUCAAGGUCAACGGCGUCGCCGAGCUCCACUCGCAGCUCCUUCAGGCGACCAUCUUCCGCGACUUUGUCGAGUUCAAGGGCCGUGACAACUUUACCAACGUCACGAACGGUGUCACGCCCCGCCGCUGGCUGCUCCAGUGCAACCCCAACCUCGCCGAGCUCAUCACCCAGACGCUCGGCUCGGACCACUGGCUCGUCAACCUCAAGCAGAUCGCGCAGCUCAUUCCCAUGGCCGAGGACGCUGCGUUCCGCAAGAAAUUCCGUGACAUCAAGAUGGAGAACAAGGCGCGUCUCGCCGAGCUUCUCGAGAACGAGAUGGGCGUCUUUGUCGACAUCAACUCGGUCUUCACUUGCCAGAUCAAGCGUCUUCACGAGUACAAGCGUCAGACUCUCAACAUCUUUGGCGUCAUCUGGCGGUACCUCCAGAUCAAGAAGGCGACGCCCGAGGAGCGCAAGAAGAUGGUCCACCACACGACCAUCUUUGCGGGCAAGGCCGCGCCUGGCUACUACAUUGCCAAGCUCGUCAUCCGCCUUAUCGUCAACGUCGGUAAGGUCGUCAACGAGGACCCCGACGUCGAGGACCUUCUCCGCGUCGUCUUCGUUCCCGACUACAGCGUCUCAAUCGCGGAGGUGCUCAUCCCCGCCGCCGACGUCUCGGUCCAGAUCUCGACGGGCGGUACCGAGGCCUCGGGCACGUCCAACAUGAAGCUUGGACUUAACGGUGCCCUCCUCCUCGGCACUGUUGACGGUGCAAACAUUGAGAUCGCCGAGGACGUCGGCGAGGAGAAUGCGUUCCUCUUCGGCCACCUUGCAGCUGACGUCGAGGCUGUCCGUUACUCCAACGCCUACCAGCCCACUCCGCUCGAGGAGAGAUCGCCCGAGCUCGCCGAGGUGUUCCACGCGAUCCAGAGCGGCAUGUUCGGCGACGGUAGCGUGUACGACCCCGUCCUCAAGACUGUGUACGACAACGACUACUACCUUGUCUCCAACGACUUUGGCAGUUACCUCGCUGCCGAAAAGCUCGUCGACGAGCUCUGGCAGGACCAGGAGGAGUGGACCAAGAAGUCAAUCCGCACGGCCUUUGCCAUGGGUGACUUCUCGUCUGACCGCUCGAUCCAGGACUACGCCGACUCGAUCUGGUCCCUCGAGCCCGACCCGGUUCCCGACAACUAA